CCAAAAUGUAUCUGCAACGGCAAAAGCCAAACGGAGAAAUGCCCUUUGCCCCCUUGAAUAAAUUUUUAAAACUCUUGAGUUUCAAUUUUCAAACAACCACAUCAACUAUAUAACCCAGAAAAUUUCUCCAAAAUUUGAUACUCUUUCAAACUUCAUCUUCCUCAACGUGUUGCUAAUUCUCUCAUCUCUUCUCCAACUCAAACCAAAUUUUUGUAGAGAAAUUGCAAUUAAUCCUAGCGCUGAACGGAUUAAAGAUUGUAAUAUUGGUGUAUGGCAUUUCCAUAUCAUCAGAUAGGAAGAAGAGUUGAUGUAAUUAAUCCAUACGACGUCGUGUGCUUUGUUCCUGUAUAUAAUCCGCUUCCUCCUGCUUUCCUUGUUCGUAUGGAUGUUCAUCUCUCCAUUACUUUGCAUCAGUUCAUGGUUAAUGAAGGUCUGGUGCCGUCUCCUGAAGAGACACUCAAAAGAGAAACCAUAAUUCGGAAGCUCAAAAAGAUUGUACAGGAAUGGAUUAUAAAAAUUCACCAGAGGAAGCUUUCUAAACAGAGAAGAAACUUACGGAUCAACAAUGCAUCAGCCACAAUAUUUACUUAUGGAUCUUUUGGCCUUGGGGUUCAUAAUUCAGAAUCAGACAUUGAUGCUAUAUGUGUUGGCCCUCGGUUUGCUACUCUGGAAGAGGAUUUCUUUAUUGUUUUAUACAAUAUGCUUAAAAGCUCACCUUCAGUGUCUGAAAUCUACUGUGUCAAGGAUGCUAAGGUGCCAUUAAUGCGAUUUAAAUUUGAAGGGAUCUCUGUUGAUAUGCCAUAUGCUCAACUUCGAGUCAUGUCAGUUCCUGAAAAUGUGGACCUGCUGAAUCCAAUGUUCGUGACCAGUAUUGAUGAAACUAGUUUGAAAAGCUUAUCUGGUGUGUGUGCUAAUCAACGCAUCCUUCAGCUUGUUCCAAACUUGGAGAAUUUUCAGUCAUUGCUGCGGUGCAUCAAGUUUUGGGCCAAACAACGUGGUGUUUAUGGUAAUCUCUUUGGAUUCCUCGGAGGGAUACAUUGGGCUAUAUUUUCAGCUUUUAUCUGUCAAACGAGUCCAGAUGCUUGCUUAAGUGCCCUUGUGAUGAACUUCUUCAACACAUUUGCCAAUUGGCCCUGGCCUACACCUGUUGUUUUGCAAGAUGGAAGGAUGCACGUUGUGCAAGAUGUGACCGAGAAAGUAAAUUGGAUGCCAAUUGGUCUACCUUGUAGUCCUAAUCAAUGGUGCCAAUCUAAUGUCACACGGAGCACGUUUAACCGAAUUAAGAAAGAAUUUUUAAGAGGGCAUGAGAUCGCCAAGGAGAUCCUGCGGCCUAAUUUUGACUGGGAUUGUUUAUUUGAACCUUAUAGUAUCAUGUACCGUCAUUUGUACCCCCAAUUUCUCAAAAUUUACCUGUUAUCUCGUACGAAAGAUGAGUUGGGAGAAUGGGCUGGAUGGGUGAAAUCACGUUUUCCUUCUCUCAUUUUGAAGUUGGAGGACAUCCACAUGUCUUGUGACCCCAACCCCACAGAACAUGUUGACUCUGGAACAAGUGUAGUUUUCUACUGGGGCCUUAAUAUUGAUCAAUGUACAGAUGUCAAUGUAACUUCGCUUGAGAAGGAAUUCAGGAACUGUCUCAGUAACAGCUACCGAGGAACCCCAGGACAGAUGUUACUGAGUAUCGUGCCAGCUUCAGAACUGCCCAACACUGAACAAUUCUCUGCCAGAAAAAUGAAGGGAAUGAAAGCGUUCUGCGGGAUUCCUGAACAUGAUCAGUAUAGAAUGCCUGUGUACUCAGAGCACCUGCCGAACUAUUUUGUUGGUUAUGUUGCCAGUGAAGGUAAUGCUGGCGUAUUGGUUUAGGCUUGCACUAAUUUCCUUUUCAUGAAAUGAAAUGGAGAGAAGUAAAACUGAAAGCCCCUAUUUUUGGCAGAUUCCUCUGCUAUUCAUCAGCUCUAGGUAGGGUUCUCACCUGUGUAUGGUGAAUAAACAAUAGAUAUAUGUACAUAAAGAGGGUACAAAAUUGCUCUGGAAUGUAUAAAUUUGAGUGGCGAUCAACAUCAGUACAGGAUAAUACAAAUACAGUACAUUUAAGCCUCUGAAGAUCAACUAACAUUAGAGGAAAGAAUGAAAGUACACUGCUAAUUAUUUUAGCCAUGAAGCUGCUUAUUUUUUCCAGUUAAAGUUUUUUUUCCAAUUGCUAGAUGUACCGUUUCUUUUUUUCAAAUCUUAAUAGACUGAACUUUAUUAAAAUAUCUGUUGUAUUUUACGUCUUAUACAGGUUCUUUUGAGGAAUGUAAUAGACUAGUAGUAGUGUACGCUGUGUUUGCAACUUUGCAAGUGACAUUAUCGACAAUAGAUGUACUUGCGGAAUGCAGUUAUUCCUCUUGUUUA